UUGUGCGCGCCUCGUUGGGACUUGCCGCGUGGUCCGAAUCAUACACGUGGCGGUCAUCCACGCCCCCUCCCUGGUUAUGGCUGACCAGUAAUAAAGCCUCACGACUUCUGCUGGUGGGAGGUUACGCAAGAGAAUGAUGUCGUCUCCUCUUGCCGAUUCUCGUGCAUAAUACCCUGAGACAGGCCAGGACAGGCCAACUCUGCAGCCUGUGCGUUCAGCAGAGGCUGCAGGUGGCAGCGUUGCCCGCACGCAGGUUUGUCAGAUAGGGCCACAACCAGCUGUGAGUUGUUGUUGCCUGCAGGCAGGUCUCAGCAAUAGAACCAGAUACCUUGCCUCUGUCUUCACGUCAGGAGGCAUCCGGGCUGCUGCCAAGCUGACGUGAAGUGCGGCCUUUGCGCUCGUGGGCCUCGAUCGUCAGUUCUGACUGCAGCAGAAUCUGAGCAAUGGUCUACCUUUCCCACAGAGCGCUGCAGCUGCCGCCCCUGGCGACUACGCGUUCCGUUCUUCUCUUUCGUGGCGCCCAUGGUUCUGCUGGCUGUGGCGGUUUGGCGAGAAUGUCUCCGGUCUCAGAAAAGAUAUGGUGGUGGAAGCGGACGACUUGCGAGCGCAAGGUCUGCAGGAGUAAUCUGACUCGGAGGCAUUCUCGAAGACGAUCGCAGGGAUCGGAUGAAAGACGACGGACUGUUCUGAUGCGAUCGAAGUCAGUGGUUGGUCACGACGGCGACAACUGUCUUGUUGGUAGUUGUUAUCAUCAUCAUCAUCAGCAGCAGCAGUGCCAGAGCAGCAUUCUCUGGCUUCUGACGUCUGCGUGCAAUCACACUUAUGGCAUUGGCAGAGGAUCAGAUAGAUGUGUACUUAGCAAGUCGAACAGCUGUGUGCCAAGCUGGCAUUUGGCCGAACGUAUGGCCUCUCCUCGAGUCCGGGGGCACCUGCCUGCUGCAGCAAAGCCCUCUCGUGGCAUCGGUGAAGCUGGCGCACAUGGGAUCGACUCAGCGCAUGAGUUAGAAUCCGAAGCGCGAUCGGAAUUAGAACAAGACGGCGACGAAGAAGAAGAAGGAGAAGCAGAUGUGUGUUUUGGCAUAUAUGCCUAUGAUAUGGACAGAGAGGACCAUUUGGAUGACUACGACGACCUCACCGGGUACCGAGGGCUGGUUCUUGAUGUGUCCUACAAUUCCACAACCUCUUCACUGUGGACCUCGCCCCACUACACAACACUCUGGAUGCAUUUGGACGCUUUCUGGACCCGAUACCUUCGCGAUGUUGGACUCGCUGAUGUACUACAUUACUACGAUCAGUUCAUAAAGUCCCCCAACGCCUCAUUUCCUCUACCUGCAGUUCUUAAGGUGAAUAGAUUUGUGGCUCCUAAGGCAAGCAGGAGAAAAAUAAAGCCUAUCGCUAGCCGGUCUAACAUUCUACUGAGGGAUCAGUACAAAUGCCAGUAUUGUGGUGCCCGCGAGAACCUGACAAUUGAUCAUGUGCUGGCGACAUCGCGAGGAGGCAAGUGGAGUUGGGAGAAUCUGGUAACCGCAUGCCAGAGGUGUAAUACGAGGAAAGGAGAUAAAACCCCAGCUGAAGCCGGGAUGAAGCUUCAAAAGCAGCCAAUGGAGCCAAAAAUAUUGGAGUUUCCACCAAGCACCAAGGCGUACCGCUCAAUACGCGUGGAAGCGAAGACGACCCCACGAGAAUGGCUGGAUUAUCUACGGAAGCUCCCGAAGUGAUUGGUGGUCUUAUCGAGCUAGGCAAAGAAAGCAUGCAAUGUUUAGUGGCACAGAGGUAGGUGUGAAAGCUGAAAGAGGUGAUGCAGGGGAGGAGGUGGAUAGGGAGAGUGUGGAGGCGGACGGAGAUGCUUCUGAAGCCGGGUAUGGUGGUGUGACUAGCGUCUAUAUUGGGUUCAUCAUCGGGUCUUGCGCACGUGGCUAUUGCGAUUGUACCAAGGCCGUAACUUGUAUAAUAGCCCCCUGCUAUAAUUUGUCUGCUACAAAGCGACAAUAGCAUGGUGCUAUAGAUGGGCUGUAGCCUGCUAUAGAAGGACUAAAGCCUCCGAUAGAGGGGCUAUAGCUAUAGCCUGCUAUAGUUAUCAUAUAGCCUGCAAGGUGUGGGGCUUUAGAUGCUGUCAUGUGGCAAUCGCAUCGAUACCGAGGCCAUAACUUCUAUAGCCCCCCCUGCUAUUUGCCUGUUGAAGAUGGACAAUAGCACGCUGUAGAUGGGCUAUAACCUGCUAUAGAAUGGCUAUAGCCUUGGACAGAGGGGCUAUGCCGCUAUAGCCUGCUAUAGCUAUCAUAUAGCCUGCUAAGGGUGGACUUCAGAUGCUCUGUCAUGUCGCCAGCAUUUCGUUCAUUCGAUCUUCUUCUUUUCAUUUCAGUGUGUCCCAUAGAUGGGCUAUUAAUUAGCCCUUCUAUUUAUAGGCUCACCGUCUUCACCCGAAUAAAACGCCUGGUCAUUAUCACUGCAUCUGGCCCGGAAGUUGGCCCGCAUACAGCUAUAAUGACUGUGCAUUCUAUUCGGGUGAAGACAGUAGAGCCUGCUGUGGGCCAGAUGUAAAUGCUCUCAUGUGACAUCACCGGCAAUGCAUUUCACCAAAUUCACCUACAUUAUCCUUUUUUGUGCACAGACAGGACUGCAAGUGCAACUCUAAAAUUCUUUUUUUUAUCCUCCCCCCCCCCCAGAAAGAUGCUCCUUUUCUAGUGGUGGGGAGCUGCACCUGCGCAUUUCUAUAAUUCUACGUCUAUUAACCGUGCGCUCUGUCUUUAGACUUCCGCAUUAGCAAAAGUGGCUAUAGCAGGCGUCAGGCCCAGUUAGUCAGACAGCUGGGCUAUUAGCCCCAACUGCUAUGCGUUUAACGUCCUCCACCCCCCCCCUCCAGAGAACGAAUUUCACUGGGCUAUAGCUUAUUCAUCCUAUGGCAGACUUGAGGCCCAACUACCGUCUUCACCCGAAUAGAACGCCCUGUAAUUAUCGCCGUAUCUGGGCUGAAAGUUGUUUCCAAAUACAGCUAUAAUGACCAGCCGUCCGUCCAAAUGCCCAACUGUUAUUUAUCGUUGAUAACACCUUCAAUCGUCGCUUGUCUAUGAUGCGCUACAGUGGAGUUGGAUUUUAGCCCACUCACUGUGGCCCUCGACUCUUCCAUUGGGACUGUAACCCACUCAACUGUGGCUGAAUCAUAGACCAGAAAUAGCCUGCUGGAGUUGCAAACGGGCUAUACCCCCCCUCACUGUGGGGCCAAAAUGGCCCAAAUCAUAGAUCAUUGGAAACAGCCUGGGCCACGUGCAAGCGGGCUGUAGCCCGCUCUUUGUGGCCAAAUCAGGCUCUGAAAAUAGCGUAUGGCUAUAGCAUGAAUGAGCUAUAGCCGGAUGAGAUUCAAUCGGGCUAUAGCGUGAAUGAGCUAUAGCCGGAUGGGAUCCUUUGGCCCGCUCAUGGUUGCCAAUUUCGUAAAUCGGUUGGAAUAGCCUUCGCUGCAGCGGCAUUGCAUAGCUGGAGGAUUGAUGUGCAAAUAGACACACCGUGAUGCAGGUGUCUAGCUGGCUGACAGCUGUGUUCUCUAACUUACAGAUAUGUUCUCUCAAAUGAUGCUAGCCCGCUAGGAGGAGGGAGGUGGUUCUUUGUGGUCCUUUGUCUGUUCCCGUUCCUCCCGUUUCCGAAAUCGAUGUUGCUUGCCGUCGACUUGAGUGAAGCUCAGUGAGUGGCUAUAGUCUAACUAUCAGCGGUGACCAAUUUAGACUAUACGAAUAGCUGUGCAUGCCACACACUCUCUCCUGCACAUUCAGAAUCGUCUAUAGUAGUAGACUAUAGCCCCCCUGUCUGAGGCUAUAGCCCUUCUAUUGCAGCAGGUUAUAGCCCUUCUAUAGCGUGCGAUUAUCGUCCACAUCGAGCGGGUGUUAAAUUUGCUAAACGAAUUGCUGUGCAUGCCACACACUCUCUCCUCCACAUUCAGAAUUGUCUAUAGUAGUAGACUAUAGCCCCUCUGUCAACCUCUGGAGCACAUUCAGAAUCGUCUAUAGUAGUAGACUGUAGCCCCCCUGUCAACCUCUGGAGCACAGUCUGCAUUGACCAGGUCAACCUACCGUCUUCACCCGAAUAGAACGCCCGGUCAUUAUAGCUGUAUUUGGCACAACUUUCAGCCCGGAUACGGCGAUAAUUACCGGGCGUUCUAUUUGGGUGAAGACGGUAGCUGAACACAGUGCAGAGUCGUGAGUUAACUCAUGACAAACCAGAGUUAAUGCAUGUUAACUCAGUCUCACUAAGGUGAAUUGAAGAUGAAGUGAGGCUGACUGAUGAUGAUGUUUACUGAGUGUGACUAAGGUCAGUUUGAGUUGACUUCUGAGUAACAUGGUAAACCUCUGGAGCACAGUCUGCGUUGACCGUGUUGGCCUACCUGAACGAACACACUGCAGAGCACCGUCGUGAGUUAACUCGUGUCGUUGACGCGAGUUCAUGCGUGUUGAAGUCGGUCCACCUCAGUCUAAGUAAGGUUAAUGGAAGAUAAAUUGAGGCAAUAACAGAUGGUAAGUGAGUUGGACUGAGAUCAGUUGGAGUUGACUCUGACUAACAAGGUCAACGUCUGGGGUCCUUGCUGUUAAGGCCCCUUGUGUAAAGGGGUCGUGUUGGUGCUGAAUGCCAGGCAUUUUCAUCUUAUUAACCCUGUCUCUCUCUAUUCUCUCCCCAGCCGCUAGCUCGAUGUUUAAGUGCGUUUCCCUCUGCCGUCGUUACGCAUUCAAAGUCUGGCCUCGGCGGAAACGCCUCUCCCCUUCUCCGUGAACUGUGUGCACCCACCCUCUGCCACUAGUUCAUUCCGGGACUCCUGUAUAGUUACCGCAGUGAAAAAAAAUAUCUCUGUAGGUGUCGUGUAUGCGACCCGUUGGCUGCAGCUGUAGUGUAUGCGGGCCCGUUGGCUCGGGUUUGAACUGUAAGUACUACCGGCAGUUAAUUCCGGGGUUCCGUAAAGUUUACCGCAGUGAAAAAAUUGUCUGUGUAGCUGGAGUGUAUGUGACCCAUUGGCUCUGGUUUUAACUGUGAGUACUACGGGCAGUCAAUUCCGGGCUUCUGAAAAGUUACUGCAGUGAAAGCAUUGUCUGUGUAUCUCUGGUUUUAACUGCUAAGUACUACCAACAGUUAAUUCCGGGGUUCUGUAAAGUUUACCGCAGUGAAAAUUUUGUCUGUGUAGCUGGAGUGUAUGUGACCCAUUGGCUCUGGUUUUAACUGUGAGUACUACUGGCAGUCAAUUCCGGGCUUCUGAAAAGUUACCACAGUGAAACAUUGUCUGUGUAUCUCUGGUUUUAACAGUAAGUACUACCAACAGUUAAUUCCGGGGUUCUGUAAAGUUUACCUCAGUGAAAAAAUUGUCUGUGUAGCUGGAGUGUAUGUGACCCAUUGGCUCUGGUUUUAACUGUGAGUACUACCGGCAGUCAAUUCCGGGGUUCUGUAAAGUUACCACAGUGAAAACAUUGUCUGUGUAUCUCUGGUUUUAACUGUUAAGUACUACCAACAGUUAAUUCCGGGGUUCUGUAAAGUUACCGCAGUGAAAACAUUGUCCGUGUAUCUCUGGUUUUAACUGUGGGUACUACCGGCAGUUAAUUCCGGGGCUCUGUAAAGUUACCGCAGUCAGAAAAUUAUCUCUAUUGCUGUAUAGUGUAUUCAACCCGUUGGCUCCAGUUUUAACUGUGAGUACCACCAGCAGUUCAUUCCGGGGCUCCUGUAAAGUUACCGUAGUCACAAAAUUAACCAUGAUUAGUCUGCAUUGACUCUGCAAUGUGAUUGACUGACCGGGACUGACAAUAAGGGCAACAACAUAUUCAAGGUGAGCGCAGGGGUCGUAUGGGUAGAUUAGGAAGGGACGGGGAGGGGGGGUCCUGUUAGGGUUAUUUCAAUUUAUUUGUGAACGACUGCGACCCCCCCCCCCAUAAUCCUGGAUGAAUGACACGCACUCUCUGCCUGCUUGGGUACUUGUUAUUGUUAAUUACUCUUAUACCCCUCUGUUUGUAGCUUCUAAUUACUAUUGGAUUACUAAAUCGCCAGCAUGACCCUCAGUUUGUGUAUACUCCUUGCUAAUCUGGUCUGCUGCCAUUCCGGAUUCCCCUCCUUUAUACUGUCUGUGUUUUGCUUAACGACCGACCGACCGAUUGAGUCGAGUCGAGUCGUCGUCGACUCGUUGAGUUGCCGUCUGGCAAUGAACGACUCAUGGCAAGUAUCAGUUGUGCCUCAUGCAACCUUUCUGUAAAUCAACCCUUUCUUCUCAAAGCUCCCUACUAGCUUGUCAGGCUGGCUGCACGGUGAUCCCCCGAUGAACGUGGCUGACCUGCAGUCUGUCAGUCGUUAACCUGGGGCUCCAGUUCCACCCAUCGGUGCUUCCAUCUCACGUAUUGCUAAAAUAUUAUCGAUGCACUUAGAAUCUUCAGAGGAGAUGGUGUGCAGAGACCUGCACAGAGCUAGCAAGCGGGCGAGAGAGAGAGAGAGAGAGAGAGAGAGAGAGAGAGAGAGAGGAGCAGUGUGAGGGGGGAUCCCGCAGCGAGUGUGUGUAUGUUUGAGAGUUUGUGAGAGGGAGGCAGACAGACAGACAGACAGACAGACAGACAGACAGAGAGAGUAUUGUUGCUAAACGGCUUGAAACAAACAGUCUCUCUCUCUCAGAGUUGUUGUUGUGUGCAACUGGGGGGGGGGGGUGUUGUUAAUAGACAUGGAGUGGCAAGUGGGGACGUCGAUGCCUGUGCGAUCUAUAUAUUGUGGUUUGAUCUACUCUCCGGGGCCAAGGCACCAGCGUCCACGUGUUGGUCAUAUCAUAUGUCCCAGGCGAGAUCCAGUCGACGCAUUCCGGCCCAUAUUCUUGGGCACGCAUUCGAGAUGGGAUGAAGUGUGGUUUUCAGCCACACAUUUUUAGGUGGCGUCGGACUCAGACUAUGUCCAGGCUGGGCAUCCCCAAGUGGCUACACCGACAAGGGGCACGCUGCCGUAGCAGAACGGCGGUUGGGGUUUUUACCGUAUCCUGGCCAUGCAUUGACUGACAGCGAUCAGGUCUGGGCCAAGGAUCAGCCUACGUGGUCCACAUUCCGGGCCAUGCAUCAGUCAACUUGGACCACGUUCACUUAUUGCAUCAGUCAGUCAACUUGGACCAGGUUCACUCCUUGCAACAUUCCACCUGAACCUGGCGGCACGUAUUAGUACCCCAAGCCUGACCAGGUCGAUUUACGAUGUACGACAGCAGUCAACUUGGACCAGGUUCUCAUCGGUGGACCAGUUGAAGUUAUUGAAUCAGUCAACUUUGACCAGGCCCACUUAUUGCAUUCAGUCAGCUUGGACCAGGUCCAGUUAUUGGCAUCAUUCGACAUGGAGUCCUGGACCAGGUGCACUUAUUCGUAUGUCAAGCUGGAACAGGUCCACUUACGGAAUCGGUCAACUUGGACCUGGUCUCGUCAGUGGAUCGAUCCAAAGGGGCGGCACAUCCAAGUCACUCGCUAUUAUCAUCUUGACUGCGGUGGAUCUAUGGUGAAUACACUGAAGAGCUCGUGGCUAUAGCGAAUAGCCAAUUGGUACAUUAAAGAGCUCGUGGCUAUAGCGAAUAGCCAAUUGGUACAUUGAAGAGCUCGUGGCUAUAGCGAAUAGCCAAUUGGUACAUUGAAGAGCUCGUGGCUAUAGCGAAUAGCCACUGGGCUCGUGUGCAGAUCAACAUGUUGUGUUGAUUAGUCAGCAACUAUGUACUAUUGUGAGUUCACUCGGUAACUGCCUAGUAUAUAGUCCAAAGUCCAAAGUCAAAAGUCAAAAGUCCGAAGUCAAAAGUCAAAAGUCAAAAGUCAAUUUGCUAGUCAAUGACUGCCAGUUAACUGUUUUACUGAGGUAACUGUUUAUAUGCUCAGUAACUGUCAGUUAACUGGAUGCUAUUGUGAGUUUGUUUAUAUCGUCAAAGUACAUUCAUUGUGAGUUCGCUACUUGGAAACGAUGAAUAGUACCCAGUUAACCGUGUAUAUACUAUAUAGUAUAUACAGUCCAUCCAGUAAUAAAUAGUAACUAGUUGACUCAGUAACUUAGAAAAUAUAAUUCAGUUGACGAGGCAGUUACUAUGCAUUAUUGUCAAGCAUGUAUACAUUGUAUAGCCAUGGACGAUGUAUAGUCGUGUAUAGUCAGUUACCAGCGUAGUCAUGUAGUCAAUUCAAUAUUCGCAGUCAUUUCUCAUCAAUAUUAAUCAUGUUUCAUCGUGUAUAGUCAUGCAUAGUCAUAUUAUAUAAUAUAAUCUUUUAUCGAGUCGUGUAUAGACUGUGUAUAGUCAGUAAGCGAGUUAGUCAUAUGGUCAGUUACCAAUGUAUAGUCAUCUAUGAUCGACUAUGUGUAUCGUCCAUUCAAGUAUGUAUUCAUAAUGUUUGAUGAUGUCUUAUCGGCAGUUAGCUAUGUAUAGUCACAUCACUAUUCAUCAUGUAUAGCCAUGUAGAGUCAUGUAGAGUCAUGUAUAGACUGUGUAUUGUCAGUAAGCGAGUUAGUCGUAUGGUACGUUACCAUAUAGUCACAUGUUGUCUAUAUCUUGCAUUAAGUACUACAGACUAGUAUCGACUCGAUCGAGUAUGUAUAGUCUGCGACUCUGCAUAGUCCUGGUUUCCAGUGACCUAUGUGUGGCAGUCCGACAUGAAGUCGGCGGUUCAAAUUAUGUCAUAAAUUAUGUCAAUCAAGCCGGCUCGUAACAAGGGGUUGUGAUACCCAUUGAUCUGCUCAUCAUCGUGCCAAAUCGCCAUUGAUCUGCGAAUCACGCUUAUGGCGGUGAUCGCCGAUCGGACACAUUUUAAGCUAAUCCAGUAAGUGCUCUUCACAUUUCAUGGAGGAGGGGGGGGGGGGGGGGGGAGGAGGAAGGGAGGAAGUCCGGCAUUCAACAGGGUCCUUUUUCCCAAUAAAUUGUCCUUGUUGCCUCUGCUCAUGUCAUGUAACAGCUGCCAGGUGAUGAUUGGGCAGCAGAUUGAAACUUUGAACUUUCACUUCUGUCUUCAACUAUUCUCUGCUUGAAGCAUCCUCAAGGCUUGAUCAUUGCAUAUUAUCAAGCCUUUGUGUUUGUGUUUGUGUUUGUGUUUGUGUUGUGGUUAUCAUUGAUUUGGCCUCUGGUCAGUAAUUUGAAUUAUCAUUUCAGUUAAUCAAUCAGACAUUUGAAU